AUGGCGGGCGGGCGGGUUGGACGAGCCGUACACACGUGGCUGCCACAUCUUUUGUUGGCCGUGUCGCUGCUGCCCUCCCAACAACACGCCUCUCAAUUGGCCAGGAAGCUUCCUCCGAUGGAGGUUUCGAUCUUGGGCCCGUGCUGCUGGAUCCGUUGGCUAGCACCAAGGUUAUAUGGCCAUUGCCCGCCUCGGACAAAACCCUCUAGAUCCUUCCUCCAAACUCACCAGUUCGUCUAUCCCGCGUCCAUGUCCCUUGAUAGACACUGGAGUAGAGCGAGUGAUGCAGAGCUUGACUCGAGCUUUGUCCGCGUCACCGCUGGCCAGCGCCUUGGCGUCAGGAGGUGUUCAGACCUUACAGUACUACGCAUUCUCCGAAACCCGCAUCCUAAAAGAAAGCAAGCAUACCCCGGACAGACCAACGCCGGCUCAGCUCAGCUUCGGCUCCAGCUGCUUCACCAGGCGGGUCCCUACCAGUUUUUGACGCGCGCCCGUCCGCGGCUGGCCACAAGAUCCGGCCGGUCCAGCGUCUGA